AUGUCUAAUACCACGGCCGACGGGAGUCGUAUGCCGGGCGACCUGCACGAAAUCCCGACAUUGGCGCAAGAAGCUCAAUCCGGAAGCCACCAAGCAAGCCACCAUGCAGUCGCUCCCGACCCGACCUUAACCUCCCUUUCCACGAGCGACAGCGAGACCUCCACUGAUGGCCACUGGGGGGAGCGGGGCACCGAACCCGUUUCCCGCCGGGGUGCGAUGGAGGACUUGGAGGAGAUGAGACGGGAGCUGACCCGGGUUAGUCUGCAUCGUAGUCGUUCGGUCAAAGGCGAUGCGCAGCGACGCCGCUCGAAAGCUUCUCGAGCCGACGAAGAGAAAGCCAUUGAAGGAGACGGAUUGUCUGGUUCUACCGAAGGUGACUAUGGUGCAUUCGACCUGGGUGAGUUCCUGAUGGGUGGCCAUCUCGAGCGUCGGACGACGGCCGGAGAGCCGGCGAAGAAAGUUGGUGUCGUGUUCAAGAACGUCACCGUUAAGGGUAUUGAGACCGGCGCCUCCUUUGUCCGUACUCUCCCUGAUGCUGUCAUUGGAACCUUCGGUCCCGAUCUAUAUAAGAUCAUAUGCAGGUUCGUACCGCAGCUUCACUUCGGUCGCAAGCCCCCCGUGAGGGACUUACUUCACGAUUUCACCGGCGCCGUUCGCGAAGGUGAGAUGAUGUUCAUCCUGGGUAGACCAGGCGCGGGCUGCUCCACCUUUUUGAAGACGAUCGCCAACGAUCGGGACGCUUUUGCGGGCGUAGAGGGUGAAAUCAGCUAUGGUGGUAUGUCGGCGGAAGAGCAGCACAAGCACUUCCGUGGCGAGGUCAACUACAACCAGGAAGAUGAUCAACACUUUCCGAACUUGACAGUGUGGCAGACAUUGAAGUUCUCGCUGAUCAACAAAACGAAGAAACACGACAAGGACAGCAUCCCUGUCAUCAUCGAUGCCCUGUUGAAGAUGUUUGGCAUCUCUCACACGAAGAACACCGUUGUUGGUAAUGAAUACGUUCGCGGUGUCUCUGGUGGUGAGCGCAAACGUGUCAGUAUCGCAGAGACUUUGGCAACGAAAUCUUCGGUCGUUUGCUGGGACAACUCAACCCGUGGCUUGGAUGCCAGCACUGCCCUGGAUUACGCCAAAUCACUCCGAAUUAUGACCGAUGUCAGCAAGCGGACAACUUUUGUCACCCUGUACCAAGCUGGAGAGAGCAUCUACGAAUUGAUGGACAAAGUACUAGUGAUCGAUUCAGGACGCAUGCUCUAUCAGGGUCCCGCUAGCGAAGCAAGAGAGUACUUCGAAAAUCUCGGUUUCGCGUGUCCUGACGGAUCGACCACGGCUGAUUUCCUCACGUCUCUGUGCGAUGUCAAUGCCCGUCAAUUCCAGCCAGGCCGCGAAGCGUCCACCCCCAAAACUGCCGAGGAGCUUGAAGCGGUCUUCCGACAGAGCAGCGCUUACCGACGGAUCUUGGAUGAUGUCGCCGGCUAUGAGAAGCAGCUUCAGGACACCAACCUUGAGAGCACUCGUCGCUUCCAGAAAUCUGUCGCCCAAUCCAAGAGUAAGACCGUCUCGAAAAAGUCCCCUUACACUGUGUCUCUUAUCCGACAGGUUGCCGCAUGUGUGCAGCGUGAGUUCUGGCUGUUGUGGGGCGACAAAACAUCUCUCUACACCAAGUACUUCAUCAUCUUGUCCAACGCCCUCAUCGUCUCGUCCUUGUUCUACGGAGAAUCAUUGAACACCAGCGGCGCUUUUGCGCGCGGUGGUGCUCUGUUCUUCUCCAUCCUGUUCCUUGGUUGGUUGCAGUUGACGGAAUUGAUGCCUGCGGUCAGUGGACGUGCUAUUGUCGCGCGCCAUAAAGACUACGCAUUCUACCGCCCUUCUGCUGUGUCGAUUGCUCGUGUUGUUGUGGACUUCCCAGCAAUCUUCUGUAUGGUUGUUCCUUUUACAAUCAUUGUCUAUUUUAUGGCAGGGCUCGACGUGGAUGCGUCCAAGUUCUGGAUCUACUUCCUCUUCGUAUACACAACCACGUUCUGCAUUACCUCAAUGUACCGCAUGUUCGCGGCGCUUUCCCCGUCAAUCGACGAUGCGGUUCGCUUCAGUGGUAUUGCUCUCAACGUGUUGGUUCUGUUUGUUGGCUACGUUAUUCCCAAACAAUCCCUUAUUAACGGCUCGAUCUGGUUCGGAUGGCUUUUCUAUGUCAAUCCACUCUCAUACAGUUACGAAGCUGUGCUUUCCAACGAGUUCGCCAAUCGUGUCAUGGACUGUGCCCCUUCAAUGCUGGUACCGCAAGGUCCGGGCAUUGACUCUAGGUACCAGGGAUGCGCUCUGACUGGUUCUGAGCUGGGUUCAACAACCGUCGCGGGAAGCAGUUACCUAUCAACGACUUAUCAGUUUACUCGCCACCAUCUGUGGCGGAAUUUUGGUGUAGUCAUCGCUUUCACCGUUCUUUACAUCCUGGUUACCGUGUUUGCAGCCGAAACCCUUUCUUUUGUGGGUGGUGGAGGUGGUGCGCUGAUUUUCAAGCGCUCCCGCCGUGCUAAACAGCUCAAAGCACAGACUAGGAAAGGCAACGACGAAGAGAAGAUGCAAAUGCCGGGCCAAGGACAGUCUCAAACGGGCGCAAACAGUGAGACGUUUAACCGCAUUUCGUCUAGCGACCGGGUAUUUACCUGGUCUAAUGUCGAAUACACUGUGCCUUAUGGUAAUGGAACUCGGAAGCUACUGAAUGGUGUCAAUGGCUACGCUAAGCCCGGACUUAUGAUCGCCCUUAUGGGCGCCUCUGGCGCUGGUAAGACGACGCUCCUCAACACUCUGGCUCAACGUCAGAAGAUGGGUGUUGUGACAGGUGAUAUGCUCGUUGAUGGCCAUCCUCUGGGCACGGAUUUUCAACGUGGCACUGGUUUCUGUGAGCAGAUGGAUCUUCAUGAUAACACAGCUACUAUUCGCGAGGCUCUUGAAUUUUCCGCUCUCCUUCGUCAAGAUCGGAACACUCCUCGGCAAGAGAAACUCGAUUAUGUCAAUCAGAUCAUCGACCUUCUUGAGCUGGAGGAGAUCCAAGAUGCCAUUAUUGGCUCUCUCAAUGUUGAGCAGAAGAAGCGGGUGACCAUCGGCGUGGAGCUGGCUGCAAAGCCUAGCCUACUACUCUUCCUUGAUGAGCCCACUAGUGGUCUGGACAGUCAAGCAGCGUAUUCCAUUGUGCGAUUCCUGAAGAAGCUCUCGCAAGCAGGACAGGCCAUUGUUUGCACGAUCCAUCAACCUUCCUCCAUGCUGAUCCAGCAGUUCGACAUGAUCCUAGCUUUGAAUCCUGGUGGCAACACGUUCUACUUUGGUCCCGUUGGUCAUGAGGGUCGCGAUGUGAAGAACUACUUCGCUGAUCGCGGGGUCGUUUGCCCCCCGUCCAAGAACGUUGCGGAGUUCAUUCUUGAAACGGCUGCGAAGGCUACCAAGAAGGAUGGUAAGACGUACGAUUGGAAUGAGGAAUGGUUGAAUUCAGAACAAAACCGGAAGAUUAUGGACGAGAUCAAGACUAUCCGAGAGGAGCGCAGCAAGAUCCCUCUACCUGAGCAGGGCACGCAGUACGAAUUCGCAGCUCCUGCCACGACGCAGACAUACCAUCUCAUGAUGAGAAUUUUCCGCCAGUACUGGAGAGAUCCCUCAUACUAUUACGGAAAGCUGUUCGUCAGUGUCAUUAUCGGUAUCUUCAACGGUUUUACCUUCUGGAUGCUGGGCAACACCAUCUCUAGCAUGCAGGACCGCAUGUUCUCGACCUUCCUGAUCAUUCUUCUCCCACCUAUCGUUCUGAACAGUUUGGUCCCGAAGUUCUACAUCAACCGUGCCCUGUGGGAAGCGCGUGAAUACCCCAGCCGUAUCUACGGUUGGUUCGCCUUCUGUACCGCCAACAUUAUCUGCGAGAUUCCGAUGGCGAUCGUGUCUGCCCUGGUCUACUGGCUUCUCUGGUACUACCCUGCCGGAUUCCCCACGGAUUCGAGUAACGCGGGCUACGUCUUCCUCAUGUCAAUGCUUUUCUUUCUCUUCCAAGCCAGCUGGGGUCAAUGGAUCUGUGCCUUUGCCCCCUCCUUCACCGUUAUCUCCAACGUCCUCCCCUUCUUCUUCGUCAUGACCAGUCUGUUCAACGGUAUCGUCCGCCCGUACUCCAACUACCCCGUCUUCUGGAAGUACUGGAUGUACUACGUCAACCCGGUGACCUGGUGGCUCCGCGGCGUCCUUUCGGCCGUCUUCCCCACCGUCACCAUCGAAUGCGCCUCCGAGGAGACGACCCACUUCAACCCUCCUCCCGGCCAGACCUGCUCCAGUUACGCUGGCGACUGGGUCACCAGCGUGGGCAACGGCUACCUGGCCAACCCUUCGGCCACUUCCGAUUGCCAAUACUGCCCCUACGCCAACGGCACCCAGUACAUGCACCUCCUGAACGUGCACGACGGCGACAAGUGGCGCUGCUUCGGCAUUUUUCUGGCGUACGUGAUCAUUAACUGGGGUCUCGUGUAUUUCAUGAUCUACUGUGUGCGCGUCAGGGGGUGGUCUUUUGGCCUCGGUUAUGUGUUUUCCGCCCUGGGCAAGGUGAUCGGUGGUAUCAAGGGAUUGUUCACGAAGAAGAACAAGGAAGAGAAGCAGUGAAGAGGGAGAAGUUCGGGAGCUGAUUAGAGGACGCUGGGUAUAUGGCUGUUAUGGUGAUAUAUAUGACGUUACGUGCCACACGCCGAUACCUGCGAGGUACGAACGGAAGUUCUACAUUACAUACUAUUUAGAGGUAC